UAUUUUGAGCUUCACAGCGAACGGCCUUCUUGUGGUUUUGUUGCUUUCUCUAGUUCCUGCUAAAAUGGAGGGGCCUUAGCGUUCUCUCUCUCUCUCUCUCUAUCUUUCGUUACUUGACUCGUACAUUUUCUGCUAAGAGCUUUAAUCGAUCUCCGUCUCUUCAAAUCGGUCUGCGUAAUUGCUCAGGUCCGCGAGGAAAUCUUGUAGUUCUGGAAACAUACACCUAAUGUCUCCGCCUUUGCUUGGUGUCGUGGAAGGGCAGGGGAAUGUCUCUCUGGUGGCCUUGCCGCCGGCCUCCGCAGAUGGUAGCUGCCAGAAUAACUCCGAAUUAAAAGAGCGUAAUUACAUGGGGUUAUCUAAUUGUUCUUCAGUGGACAGCUCCGCAAUCUCAAGUUUGUCUGAAGGAAAAAAUAGCAGCCUGAAUCUGAAAGCAACAGAGCUGAGGCUUGGACUUCCUGGAUCCCAAUCCCCCCAGAGGGAUCCAGAGCUGUCCUUGCUGAGUCCCGGAAAACUAGAUGAGAAACCCUUGUUUUCUUUACUUCCUUUGAAGGGCGGUACUCAGUCUUCAUCACAAAAGGUUGCUGUUUUAGGAAACAAGAGAGGGUUCUCGGUUGCCAUGGAUGGUUUCUCUGAAAUUAAAAGUGCUACAUUUAAUGAAGGGAAUUGGAUGUUUCCAGCUGCUGGCUCUGAUUCAGAAACUGCUCAUUCGGCACCUCAAGGGAAAUUUUCUGUUAACUCGGGAGUUAAUGUUAUGCUAUCACCUAGACCUUCCCUGAACUCGGGGGUGAAAUCUGUUUCUGUGAAGGAGCAUUCUGGAGCUCAGCCAGGCAUGUUGAAAGAAGCCACCCCUGUGAAGGUAUUACAAGAGAGCCCCCAUACUGCCAAUGAGAACAGCCAUAAUCCUAGUGCUGCUGCUAAGAACAAUAGCAGUGCACCUGCUGCCAAGGCUGAAGUAGUAGGUUGGCCACCAAUUAGAUCAUUUAGGAAGAACACUUUGGCGACCACUUCCAAGAACAAUGAUGAAGUCGAUGGUAAACCAGGCCCAGGUGCUCUUUUCGUCAAGGUCAGCAUGGACGGUGCUCCUUAUUUAAGGAAGGUAGACCUCAGAACAUAUUCUGCAUAUCAGGAGCUCUCCUCUGCACUGGAGAAGAUGUUCAGUUGUUUUACCAUAGGCCAGUGUGGAUCACAUGGAGAUCCAGGGAGGGAGAUGCUGAGUGAGAGUAACCUGAGGGACCUACUACAUGGGUCAGAAUACGUUCUUACCUAUGAGGACAAGGAUGGUGACUGGAUGCUUGUGGGAGAUGUCCCGUGGGAGAUGUUUAUUGAUUCAUGCAAAAGGUUGAGGAUCAUGAAGAGCUCUGAUGCAAUUGGCUUAGCUCCAAGGGCAAUGGAGAAAUGCAGGAACAGAAACUAGGUAUUGUCUCAACAUCAUGACUGCUCUCCAGCCAACAAUCAAUAGUUGAAAGUAUUCAUGGAUGGUAGGGAAGCAAAUUAAGGGAGGGAGACCUUGAUUCAGGAAGGAAUGGUGUGGCCAGAUGCAAUGGUCUGGAUGGCAGAUCUUGGGGUUAGAUACAUAUUUUGCGUUGCUGAUAAUUCAUGUUGCUUUUAAUUGUCUUGAGUCCAUUAUAAUUAUAGAGCUGAGGCCACAACCUAUGGGAGUACCUCUUUUCGUAAUUUGAUUCUUCUGGUGAGUUCAUGUUUGCCCUCAGGAAUUCUAGUAUGUAAAGUGGUUUGAGUUAUUGGUGGACAUGGUUGGUGCU